AUGACAGUGGUGACCGUGGAGAUCGUUGUCGUUCUCCCUGACCUUAGGGGAAAAGCUCUCAGUUUUUCCCACAUUGACAACAUUAUUAGCUGCGGGUCUUUCGAAUAUGGCCUUUACAAUUUUCAGUGUUGCAAGGUGUCCCUGGAAUCUGACCUUACAGUAAUGAGCUGCAGAGAGCAACAUCCCAAGACUAACCCGGGCAGACUCAGUCAGGUUAAGGAGUCACAAAGACGGCGAGUGAAACCUAAGAGCAUUAAUAGAUCCAUUUCAGUAACUGAGCAGGAAAUGGCCCAUGCGGAAUUCAAUCUUCAAGUUGCUUCUCAGGAACUUCAAGGGACUGACCAGCACUAUCUCUGCAAAGGGAGGUACAUUGCUGAGGUUCUGGGAAUCAUCUGCCUUGUCUUGAUGUCCACUGUGGUAAAAAUAAACGUUAUUCCCUCUACUGAAGGACCAGAGCAGAACAAAACCUCCCUGGAAACAAAGAUCCAGAAAGCGUGUCUCUGUUGUCAUUGUCUGAAAGAGUGGUUUACGUAUUCCAACAAUUGUUAUUACAUCAGCACUGAGGGAAAAUCGUGGAAUGAGAGUUUGACGUCCUGUGCUUCUAAGAACUCUAACCUGCUCUACUAUGAUGAUGAAGAGGACAAGUUUUUGUUGAAUUUACUCUCUAUUACUACAUGGAUUAGAGGCUCCCAGAGAAGCCAUCAUAGUUCAUCUGUGCAGCCAAAAGCCUUAACAUUUUCUUCCGAAGUGUUGUCAGUAUCUUCAGAGAUUGACAAGAAUUGUCAAAAUAUCAAUUUUCACAAAUUUUAUUUUGAACCGUGCUCACGAAGAAGACAAUAUGUUUGUAAGCACCAGGCAUUUUAG